AUGGGUAAAGCAAAGAAAACAAGAAAGUUUGCUGCUGUCAAACGUGUAAUCAAUACUAAAAAAGAUCAACGUCUACAAACAUCCUCAUCCUCAUCCUCCAACAACAACAAGAACUCAAAUAAUAAAGAUGAUCCAGAAUUAGCAAGAUCAGUACCACAAGUAUCAUCAGCAUUAUUUUUUAAAUAUAAUGAAGCUAUUAAACCACCAUAUCAAGUAUUAAUUGAUACGAAUUUUAUAAAUUUUUCAAUUCAAAAGAAAAUAGAUAUAAUUAGAGGAUUAAUGGAUUGUUUAAUGGCAAAAUGUAUUCCAAUAAUAACUGAUUGUGUAUUAGCAGAAUUGGAAAAAUUAGGAAGUAGGUAUAGAAUAGCAUUAAAAUUAGCUAAAGAUCCAAGAAUUCAAAGAUUAAGUUGUAGUCAUAAAGGUACUUAUGCAGAUGAUUGUUUGGUUCAUAGAGUUAUGCAACAUAAAUGUUAUAUUGUUGCCACUAAUGAUGCUGAUUUAAAAAGAAGAAUUAGAAAAGUCCCUGGUAUUCCUAUUUUAAGUGUUGGUGGACAUUCUUAUGUUAUUGAACGAUUACCUGAUGUAUUUUAA